GAGACCUCCGACGCUCGGCUCCGGCCAACGGGGCAUCUCCGACAUGACUCCGCCAGCAGAGAGAGCCUAUUACAGGUUCCUGUUACUAUUUUUCAACUGCCUGAUGACUUUUGGUUCCUAUUUCUGCUUUGACAUUCCCAGUGUGCUUCAGGAGCAGUUCCAGGGGAAUCUCACUUGUCUUAAUUCUAACGUAACUAAUGGGACAACAGAUUGUGUGGAGGGACUGGGAAUGACCCCGCAGCAGUACAACCUUCUCUAUGCUAUCUAUGCGUGGACAAAUGCUGUGGUGGUGAUACUGGCUGGUUUCUUCAUAGACAAGUUGGGAAAUCGCGUUGGUGUACUCGUGUUCUCCUUUCUUAUUGUGCUGGGCUCGGCCACCUUUGCUUUGGGAUCUCAUUUCAAGGGGACCCGUUACCUAUUGCCUCUGAUGCUCAUCGGCCGACUUAUUUUUGGCUCAAGCAACGGGUCACUCAUGAUUGCUCAAGAUCGAAUCACUGCGUUCUGGUUCAAAAAUAAGGAGCUGUCGUUGGCCUUUGGGCUGAAAAUGGCCUUCUCCCGUUUUGGUAGUGUGCUCAACUUUCUAUUAACCCGGUCCUUUGAGGCACACUUUGGGAUUCAGUGGACACUUUGGGGAGGAACCUUGCUGUGUGUUCUGAGCUUUGUGUCGGCCAUCAUUAUUGGCAUCCUGGAUGGGAAUGGAGCAAAACAGUUGGGACUAGAUGGAGUCCUUCAGCAGGAAUCCAAGAAAGUGAGGCUGCAGGAUAUUCGCCACUUGUCUCUCCGCUACUGGUUGCUUGUUCUCACCAUCAUGUUCUUCUAUAAUGGAAUUUUUCCAUUUAUUGCAGAUGCCAGCAAGUUUAUACAGGAUAAGUAUCCGGGCUACAGUCAGCAAGAAGCCUCGUACAUCACUGGUGCUGUGUUCGAUACCUCGUUGAUUCUGUUGCCCAUAGCUGGAAUCCUCAUUGAUCAUGUAGGAUUGAGAGGAGUAUUUGUCACAACGUGUGCUGUGUUGACAGUCCCGGUUUUUGCACUCUUGGCGUUUACCUUUGUACCACCACUGGUUUCUAUGAUAUGGCUGGGAGUCACCUACUCGUUUGCUGCGGCAGCUCUGUGGCCAUCAAUCGUCUUAAUCGUUCCUCUGGCAAAUCUUGGAACAGCUUCAGGAGUCACAACCUCAGUGCAAAUGAUUGGUGUUGGUGUUUGCAACCUGAUAGUUGGACAGAUCCUUGGAAGCAAAUUCAGUGACGUGAAGAUCCCAGUGUGGUGCUGGCGGCAGGUGAUGAUCUUCAUGCUGGCCAACACCAUCUGCUGUGUGGUCGUCUCCGUCCUUCUCAAUAUAGUGGACAGCAGACAGGAUAACACGUUGAACAAAACUACCAAGCACUCUGAAGCUACGAACGAAGAAAAUGAAGAAACACCUGAAACAUCUCCUCUGCUAACAGAUCGCAGCACUUAGAAACAAAAUCAACUAAAGGAUAUCGGGAAGAACAAUGUAGCUGUAAAAUGGAAACGGGGAACUCCAGAUUUUGUUCAUUGAAUAUAAUCUGAUUUGCUCAACCCGAAUGCUGCAUGCAGCCUGUACUAACCUGCAUAAUAGAGGAUAUGAUAGUUACCGUAUUUCCCAGCAAUGAGGACGCUAUUUUUUACCCUAAAAUAAGGCCCGAAAAAUGGAGGCUGAAGCAGGUGUGUCAAACCCAUCUUACCUCAUUUUAGAUCACGGGCAAAAUGCGACUUCAUGCCCGCUCUGGCAUCAGUGAAAUCAUCCUGCGGAUUGGUUGCAGCCGCGAGUUUGACACCCCUGGCCUAUAGGAAGCGUUUCAGUACAAAACGCCAAUCCAAUCAGAAGCGACAUGUAUUCGCGCGGAUAUUUUCGCCAUUUCAAACACCUGGUCUAGGUAGGAGCUGUGUAAAUUCUGUUUAAGUUGUUGAACACUGUAAAUUGUCGAACAGCAGUGAUGAGCCUGAUGAAUUACCAGUAUUAUGCUUUGAAGAUUGGGUUGACAGUAGUGAAUUUAUCAGAUUUGAAGAAUGCUUUCCGUUUUGGUAAUCUCUGUAAUCUUUGUUCCGUGCACAAUUAAAUGUUAUUUUAUUCCG